AUGGAGUGCCCAUACCCCUGUUCCUCCUGUGAGGCUCCUCUCGAGCCAGAUGAUGGCCAUGACCUCUGCCCCAGAUGCCUCGGGGUUGCUUAUCUGAGGGACGCACUCGGUGACGACGCCUGUAUGAAUUGCACCUACAUGCCCUAUGCGGUGAGGGCUGCCAGGCUGGCAGAAGUGGAAGAUGAGGGCGAACUCUCAUCAGGCCAGACUAGACGCUCGAAGCGGCGGGCUGAGGCUUCAACCCAGUCUAGGAGGUCUAGCAGCCGGGCAGAGGCCACUACUGAUCAUGCCGCACCUCCUUCAAAGAAGAAAAAGCCUGACCGCAAUCUGACCUCCAAAGUGGAUCAGCUGUCGGCCGAAUUGGCACAGAUGAAGGCUUUGCUGAUGGCCCAGGCCCACCGGCCCGAGUCCCCAUUGGAGGAGGCUCCCACACCACCGAUGCCACAUCUAGACCGGGAAGAGGAUGCUCUUUCCCUGGCAGCGUCGGCCACACAUUUCUGCGAGUUUGAGGAGGAUGGAGAAAGCAGUACCUCCCGGACCUCAAUGGGCUCCCGCUCCUCAAGCUACAGCUCACUGGCCGUGACAGAGGACUCCUCUAUGCGCGACUUACUGCGCACGGCCCUGGAGCAGCUGAAUGUGGCAGCGCCACAGCAGGCCAGAUCAGCUCCUGCAAGCACCUUUUUCAGGCGCAGGCCACCGCCUACAUCCUUUACCGUCCCUCACUCAGAGGACUUUCUGAGGGAGCUACAGGCCAGCUGGAUAGACUCAAAGGCUGGCUCCAGUCUGUCAGCCUGGCGGCAAUGCACGACGCAACAUCAGUGGGUCUGGACAAAAUGCCAGCUAUCGAGCCGCAUCACUCAUCGUGUCACCAGAUGAGUCGCUGCGUCAAGACGCAAGGUGCCCUCGGCCCCAGUCCAGGCAGACAGAUGACCUUCUAGUCAGAGCCUAUGACUCGGGGGCACGUGCUGGUCGCAUCGGCAACUCUCUGUCACACCUGAUGUUGGCCCUCUCAGCUUCCCUGCAUGUGGAUGAUGCAGGUCCAGGAGGCAAAGCAGACGGGGAAGCCGGAGACAGCAGUAACUUCUGCGAUGCGGCCUUGGAGGCCUUUGGCCACAUGUCACAGGAGCUAGGACGAAUGAUGUCUUACCUUGUCCAGGCUCGACGCCAGGUCUGGCUGUCGCAGUCACCCCUGACGGAGAAGACCAGAAGAACCCUGCGUGCUCUCCCAGUGGAGCCAGGGACCAUAUUCGGCCCAGCUGCACAGGAGGCGCUGGAGAGGACAAUCCAGGCGGGGCAGACAAGGCAGCAGCUUGCGGGCCUGCGACCCAUGCCUCCCCCAAACAGGGCCCCCCCCAGCAGGGGCAGAGGACGCUCAAAUGCCCCACGGGGUAGCACGCCAACACCAGCCUACUCCAGCGGCCAGCGCCGUUCCCAGCGCCCUGUGCAGGGUCAGACCCGUGACCCUCGGGUUCCUGACUCCUUGCCUCCUGGGCCCUCCAGGCACUUUCGUUCCCCAGACCCUGGACGUCCCCCCCCCAGGCCCCCGAGGGGCCGAGGGCCUAAGUACUGA